CCUACCGCAGCAGAGCGAGCGGGAGAAGGAGAAAGAGAGCGAACCAGUCGAGUAGCUGGUAGCAUCGCGCAGACUCAGAGAGCGAGCGGCCGCGAAUCGCGGUCAUCAAAUGUGUACGCGCGGCAGCAGUGACGACGACUGUUCCGCACCUAACCUCACUUUUUCAUCAGCGCCGCAGACGACGCAUCAUCGGUACACGGCUGCAGCAGUACAGGUGCGACCGCGAGUGCAGUGCUACUCCACGACGGUGUCCAGGAGGCGAUAACCUCCCGGGAAGAGUUUUCCGCUUUUUUUUUUGCCGUGCGCGACCAGUGGCGGAGGGAGAAGCUGCGGAGAGGGACGGAUAGAUACUCGGAGAGAUAGAUAGAUAGAGAGAAAGGGGGCCUGUUAGAGCGAGAGUCGGUGUAUUCUCUCUGCUGCUGCGUGUCUUGCAGCGAAGAGGAGAGAAGCGCGUCCUCCAGGAGAGAAUGAAAAGCUGAUCGAGCAGCAGGAGGAGGUCGGAGAGAGGAUUCACGAGCCCGAGCGUCCACCCAGCGCGAAGCAAUGAGUGGAUCCAGGCUCGGCAGGGGUCGUGUAGGCCGACUCGCGUUACUUGGCGGCGGCGCCCUUAGCAUCGUCUUCAUCGUCUAUCUUUACCGCUCGACGAGCGCCGAGAUGGCCAGGCUGCGCGAUCUCCACGUCAAGUGCGCCCAGCAACAGGAGGCACUCGCUGCUCAACUGCAGGUUUUGUACGAGUACAAGGUGCAGCUGGAGAAGACGCUGUCGAACGAGAAGAGCUCGAACGCAGCAGCUAAGGAGGAGCUUCAACAGAAGGCUUCUCGCGAACGUUCGCUUCGAGACAAGGACAGUCUCGAGGCGAUGCAACGCUUCAACUCGCUGCAGCAGAACUACAAGCUGCUGCAGACCGAACACCAGGACCUAAAGGAGGACUGCAAGAAGAAGGAGGACGUGGCGCUGAACAACAUCAAGUCUCUGGAGUCGAGGCUCCAGGAGGUCAGGGCUCAGCUGCAGGAGUCCAAGAAUCAGCUGAAAAAGGCUGGAGAAGAGAAGGAGAAAUCGAUGGAGAAUCUGAAGAACAAGUACGAGCAGGUCGUCCAGGAUAAGGAGACGAUCGAGGAGAAGUACAAUAAUCUGAAGAAGGCCACGGGAGAGAAUAACGGCGACGUCGAGAGGCUUCAGAAGCAGGUCAUUCAGCUGCAGCGCGAACUGGAAGAGACCAAGAAAUCCCCGCACUUCUCGGUUGGCGGUUUGCCGGUCGAAAACUCGCAGGUGAUGCCAAGGCACGCGAAAGAUGUUGACAACAACGUCGCCGACAACAGCGUCAAGUCGGCCGCCGCCUUACAAAACAAUCAGAUGCAGGUGGUGCGGCCGUCGUCUCAGCAACAGACGGGCAUCUCCUCAUCAAAGCUCUCGGCUGCAGUACCUCCGGCGUUGCAAAGUCCCUCGGAAAGCUCGAGCAAGUCCAGCUCGUCGUCGAGCACAAGCACCGCCAAGACACCGACGAAAGUGAAGCUACCACAGGGUGUCCCUCCGAUCCCCCGUCUACCCGAGCCAAAACCGGAGGAGGACCAGCCACCAGCGGAGAAAAAGGAAUCGGCGGGUCAGGCACCUCCGCCCCUAAAACCAGCCGUCGAGGUGCCCGUCAUCGCCGCCGAACCGGAUCAACCUAAAAAAUCGGCCGACGAAGUCGCGAACGACGAGCUUGAAGCGCAGCCUCAGCAAAACGCACAGCCCAGGCACGUGGGCGAACAAAUCCUCGACAGGCACGAGGCUGACAGCUGGUACAAGGUCAAGCCUGGCGUACAGGAGGUCGGGGACCCGCAUCAUAUCGAUAAGAACGGCUUUGAAAAUGCAGGUGGCAACGAAGACGUUGAACAAUACGACGAUUACAACUACAAAGAACCGCAGAACAAAAAUGGUGAUCUCCAUCUAGAAGAAGGAGAAGAUGAACGCGAAGAUGAAGACGAUUAUAUGCCGAAUAUGAAUGCCGUCAAGCACGAAUAACACGAAAUUUAAAAGUAUCAAGAAUAGGAGGCAGAAAGACUGUGCUUAUAAAGUAACCAACAAAUGUAAAAAGUAAAUAGACGAUCAGCUUGAAAUGCAAUAGCAACUCUAUUUUCUCUGGGCGAAAAACUUUAAUCUCACCUCCAUGCAGAAGUGAACUAAAGAAGCAAGAAGAGAAUCUCGAGUCAUGUUAACGAAGUUUUCAAACCCAGAUGACCGAAAUGGAAGAAAUAAUAGACUGUAUUUUUCUAGAUUAAAAAAAAAAUUAACUCGAAAUAUAGCUAAGCUUUAAUUCGGGUUUCUUAAGCACUUAUAAUAUACUUAAGUACGCUAUCUAGAAUGUUUUUGGAACUCUAUUGAUAGCGAAGAGGAAAAAUUAAGAGUGUGCAAAUCACGAAGCACGAUGCGAAUGUUAACAAGUGUUUGAAAAUAAUUGCGAUAUUCGUGCUACUUGACUGCCGUUAUCGCUUACUGAUAAUAUAGUGUGAAUUGCGCGAGUUAUUGCUAUGUGCUGCGUUAUUGUUCUUAACUUGUUCGAAAGCCCAAUUUUUUAUUUCCAAAAAGUAUUAUUUAUAUAAUGUAAAAUAGUCAUGGCUUUCGAGUUUACUAUGUAAAAAGCUAUCUUAAAUUUAAUGAAAAAUGUAGAAAUGGUAAAAAAUUUCGAAGAUUUUAUUGAAAUUGACGGCAACAUUAUUUGUGUAAAAAUUUCUUAGUCAUACAUUUGAGGAGUAUUUAACUUUUAAUAUUUGAUGUAUUCAGCCGAACUCUGUAUGCGUGAAAAUAAUAUGUGCAAUUUUCAAACAAUUAUUUUUAAAAGUAUCACAACCUUAAAUUUAAAGCAAUAAAUAUAGACUGUUAAAAUUCUAAUAAUUUUAAGUAAACGCAAACUUGAGGUAAUCUUGUCAUAUUAUUUAAUCGAUUAACGAGCUAAUCAAAAUGUCUAUAUUAGGCGCAAUGUUAAAACCAAAAGAUUGAAGAGAUGAAUAUGAUUGCAUGAAAUUAUUACAAAUAUAUUGAUAUUUGUUAUGAUUGACUUUAUGUAUUCAAGAAUAACGACUGCGAUACAAAUGUACAUAAAAUUUCUUUCAUAAUAAAAAACGUAAGAUAAUUA